AUGCUUUCCGCGGUCACGCCGGCCGAGGUCAACGCCAUCGACCCGCCCGCCCCUCCCGACGCGUCUCCCGAGCCGGAUGAGCGGCCGCCGGCCAAGGCUCGCAAGCGGCCCAGGCCGACGGAGCGAUGCGGCUGGACCCCCGAGGCCGACAAGUGGGUCGCCCACGGCUAUGAGACCCUCGGCCCGUGCUGGACGGCGAUCGCGGUGCUCCUCCGCCGUGAGACGGGCCACCUCUUGCGCCCCGAGCUCUCCAUCUACCGCACUGAGCACUUGCGCCCCCUCGCUCCCAACCCAUCCACCUGA